AUGCUUUGCGCGCAUACACGCACAUGUACACAUAACCUAUCUAUCUAUCUAUCUAUUUAUCUAUCUAUCUAUAUAGUCCUCUUUUUACACAUUUUAUGCAUUCUUCUUUUGUACAUUGUUCUUUGCAAUACUCCGCCCCUACCAUUUCCGUUUCCUUCAAACCCCACCGCUGACUGUGUCCCCAGGCCCUUAAAACAAUGCCGCUUCCCUUUCUCAUCUCCUGGCGUGUUCACACCCAUUCACAUACAUUUAUCUAUCUAUCUAUCUAUCUAUCUAUCUAUCUAUCUAUCUAUCUAUAUAUAUAUAUAUAUCCAAUUUGAAAUGAUUGCCUUGCAGUCACAACCUCAUCUAUCUAUCUAUCUAUCUAUCUAUCUAUCUAUCUAUCUAUCUAUCUAUCUAUGUGUGCGUACACCUAAAUGGAUUUAUACAUAUCUAUAUGUAUUCAAAUCUGUGUCUGUGAGAAAUAUUUCUUUUUAA